GUUUUAGGGUUCUUGGAGGCAUUAGGGUUUUGCAGAGCCGGAGGAGCAGCAGCCAAGAUGCAGAUCUUUGUGAAGACGCUCACGGGCAAGACCAUCACGCUCGAGGUCGAGAGCAGCGAUACCAUCGACAAUGUCAAGACGAAGAUCCAGGACAAGGAAGGCAUUCCUCCGGAUCAGCAGCGGCUCAUUUUCGCCGGCAAGCAGCUGGAAGAUGGCCGCACGCUCGCGGAUUACAACAUCCAAAAGGAGUCUACGCUCCAUCUCGUGCUUCGCCUCCGCGGAGGAAUCAUCGAGCCUUCGUUGAUGGCUCUGGCGAGGAAGUAUAACCAGGAGAAGAUGAUCUGCCGGAAGUGCUACGCAAGGCUUCAUCCUCGGGCUGUGAACUGCCGGAAGAAGAAAUGUGGCCACUCCAACCAGCUGCGUCCCAAGAAGAAGAUCAAAUAGAGAGACUACCAAUGUAGAAGGAAAAUUUUCUCUCGAAGGGAAAAUUCAAUCAAUCGAAGCAUUCUAUAAGCCCA